CGCCGUACCAUUGAUGCCACCGCCGCGGGCUGGGGAUGAACUUUGACGUCUGAUCGAUGGCGCGCUGAAGUCGGAAGUGGAGCGCUGUUCUGUGACCCUCCUCCAAAAUUUGGACAGAUAUUGUGAAUGCCGCACCCAUCCUUCCCCUGAUCCCCCGCCAUGUCCUCCAUCGAGAAGCUGAGUAUCCGGGGCAUCAGGAGCUUUGGCCAGGAGGACUCGGAUUGCCAGAUCAUCGACUUCUUCCACCCACUCACACUCAUCACGGGCCAGAAUGGAGCGGGCAAAACGACAAUCAUUGAGUGCCUGAAGUAUGUCUGCACAGGUGACAUGCCACCAGGAAGCAAAGGCAACGCCUUCAUCCAUGACCCAAAGGUUGCCCAUGAGACAGAGGUCAAGGCCCAGGUCAAGCUGAAGUUCAAAGAUGUGACGGGAAAAGUGGCAGUGGUCACGCGCAACCUGAUAGCUGUCCAGAAGUUGAAAAAGAUUGAGUUCAAGUCCCUGGAGGGAGUCAUUGCAAGGACCAAUGAUUUGGGAGAGAAAGUCAGCCUCAGCUCAAAGUGUGCAGAAAUUGAUCGUGAGAUGGUUGCCUCUUUAGGAGUAUCAAAGCCGGUCCUGAAUAAUGUCAUCUUCUGCCAUCAGGAGGACGCGGCAUGGCCUCUGAGUGAGGGUAAAACACUGAAGGGAAAGUUUGAUGAGAUCUUUGCUGCAACUCGCUACAUCAAAGCGUUAGAUGUCAUCAAGAAAUUGCGCACGGAGCAGAGUAUCAACAUUCGGGACUACAAGACAGAAGCGAAGUACCUGAAAGAGAGAAAGGACAAAGCCAAAGAGCUUGCCAGCGAUUUGGAAGCCAAGAAGGAAAAGCUGACAGCAGCCAAGGAGUCCGUCAACCAGAUCACGAGAGAAUUGCGACCGAUUUUGGAAAGGCUUCGCGAGAUCGAAGACAGGGAGGAAGAAAUCAAUUUGUUGAGCACAGAAGUGGCCAAGUGCAAAGCCGAGAAGGCUCAGAUGGAGAAGAACAAGCAGGAACUGGAGGAUAACUUGGAGUUCAUCUUCCAAGGGACCAACGAUGAGUUACGUAAGAUCUUCCAGGAGCACCAGGUGAAGAUAGGUGACAAGGAGAACACACUGACCCAGACUGAAAAGAGACUGGCCAGCCUGGAGAAGAGUCUACAGAAGGAAAAUGAGAAGAAGUCCAAACUGCUGAUGAACCAGGGGAAAAUAGAGCAGGAGCAUGAGGUAGAGAAUGACAGUGUUGAAUGCACUGAUAGUGUUGAGACUAUUCAUUAG